AUGGCGACUGCACAGCCAGAAAAGAAGAAGGAGAGACCUAGCGCUUUGCGCUCGAUUCUCGCUGGGUCUACUGCCGGAGCGGUUGAGAUUGCUAUUACUUAUCCUGCUGAAUUUGCAAAGACUCGAACACAAUUGAACCGCAGAUUAGCAGAUGGACAGAAGCUACCCUGGCCACCGUUUGGCAAAGCCUGGUAUGCAGGAUGUACAACAUUGAUCAUUGGCAAUUCGCUAAAAGCUGGAAUCCGAUUCGUGGCUUUCGAUCAGUAUAAAUCUAUGUUACAGGAUGCAGAUGGCAAGAUAUCAGGUCCAAGGACUGUUAUUGCCGGUUUUGGAGCAGGCGUUACGGAGUCUUUACUCGCUGUCACGCCGUUUGAGAGCAUCAAGACCACAUUAAUCGAUGACCGGAAGAGGGCCAACCCUCGAAUGCGAGGCUUCCUCCACGCCGUCCCUAUCAUCGCCCGCGAGCGUGGCAUCCGAGGAUUCUUCCAAGGAUUCGUCCCAACCACAGCCCGGCAAGCAGCGAACAGCGCAACACGAUUCGGAUCGUACACCUUCCUCCGCCAGCUCGCACAAUCAUACACGGCGCCAGGUGAGAAGUUAGGAACAAUGGCUACGUUUGGAAUCGGCGGAAUUGCCGGCCUCAUUACCGUCUACGUCACCCAGCCGCUUGAUACGAUUAAGACUCGGAUGCAGAGUAUUGAGGCAAGGAGUUUGUAUAAGAACAGCUUUGCGUGUGCGGCACUGAUUGCGAAGAAUGAGGGAAUAUUAACAUUUUGGAGUGGUGCAUUGCCGAGGCUGGUGAGAUUAAUGUUAAGUGGUGGGAUCGUUUUUACUAUGUAUGAGAAGAGCAUCGAUUUGAUGGAUAGGUUGGAUCCGGAGAAGAAAUACAUUUGA